AUGGGUUCGACCACCACGGGCGUGCUGUAUGCCCUCAGUGUGGCUACUUCGCCGGCUAGGCCUGCCCCAGAAGAUGCUUCAGCGAAGAGCCACCAUGCGAAAUCGGGCUACAGAAACCCUUGGGACUCCUGGGAGGAUAUCCCCAUGAAGACCUCCGUUGAGGUUCUCGUGCGUCGCCUGACGGGCAAAGCAAAUGUCCCCAAUACGACUGCGCCGACAGUCCCCGUCCGCAAGCCAGAAUUUCUUCCGAGUCGAGCAACACCCAAUCUUCGCGCAACAUGGCUGGGACACGCCUGCUACUAUGUUGAAUUCCCUGGUGGCUUACGGGCGCUCUUUGAUCCCGUACUAGAAGAGCGUUGCGGUCCAUACAACAUGCUGGGGCCGAAGCGAUUCACAGAUGCACCAUGCAAGAUCAAGGAUAUUCACAUAAUCGACGCGGUUUUCAUAUCUCACAACCACUACGACCAUCUCUCAUACACUGGCGUCACUGAGAUUGCAAAGCGACACCCAAACUGCCACUUCUUUGUUCCACUGGAUUUAAAGGCUUGGUUCAAGAGCUGCGGCAUUCACCAGGCCACCGAGCUAGACUGGUGGGAUGGACGCGACAUCACGUUGUCGCCCUUGGAGCAAAAUGAGGCUAAAGUCGAGGCUGACUCAGACUCUGCUUCUAUGACAGCAGAGAUCAAGGCGCGGAUCGGUUUCCUUCCCUGCCAGCAUGUCACAGCUCGCACCCCAUUUGAUCCGCAUCGGACGCUCUGGGGCUCUUGGGCCGUCGAGUCUGGGGGUAAACAUCUUUACUUCAUAGGCGAUACCGGAUACUGCUCCGUCCCUAAGCUACCCGAGGGCAAAGACGAUCACGAUCCCAAAUACGAUUUCCCCAUCUGCCCAGCUUUCAAACAGAUCGGUGAGUUCCGUGGGCCAUUUGAUUUGGGACUGAUCCCCAUCGGUGCAUACGCCCCACGCCAUCUGCUCAGUUGUGUGCACAUAGAUCCACACGAUGCAGUGCACAUUUUCCAAGAUACCAAAUGCAAGAAGGCGUUGGGUAUGCAUUGGGGUACCUGGGUACUCACUGAGGAAGAUGUGCUCGAACCACCGGAGAAGCUCAAGACCGCGCUGAAGAAAUUCGGUCUACCUGAGAAGGGAGUAUUCGAUGUCUGUGAUAUUGGAGAGAGCCGGGAGUUUUGA